AUGUGUGACGGUGCGUGUGCCGGGCAGGUCCUGUACCUGGGGGGCCCCCCGCCCCCGCCCUCAGACGGCCCCGCGGGCGCGGCCGAGCCCGACGACGCCGCGUACUUCAAGGGCGUCAUCCAGGACGUGCAGGUGUCCAACGGCGUGAACGUGACCAUCGUGGAGUUCUUCCCGCUGGAGGUGUCGGGCGUGGAGUUGCCGCCGCCGUUCGGGGCGGUGCAGCUGGACGCGCGCGGGGUGGUGCGGGGCGUGGUGACGGACGACGCGUGCGCGUCGGGCCCGUGCCUGCACAACGCCUCGUGCGCCAACACGUGGAACGACUACAGCUGCGACUGCCCGCGCGGCUACAAGGGCAAGCAGUGCGCCGAGGUCGAGUUCUGCCAGCUGCAGGGCUGCCCGCUCAACUCCCACUGCCGGAACCUGGACGCCGGGUACGAGUGCGUGUCUAACGCGACUUUCGACGGCGUGAACACGACGCUCGCGUACCAGUUGCGGGUGCCGCGCUCCCCCCCUCUCGCGCCCGCCGCGCCCCCCACGCCCCCCGAUUCGCUCACCAUCACCUACAGGUCAGUCGACAUGUGUCGCUAA